CCUUCUCUCUCUCUCUCUCUUCUUUCUCUCUCGAUAUAAACACGAAACCCCCUUUUUUUUUCUCUCUGAUUUCGCCUUUUUGUCCCUUUUCGUCGAGCCGGAAAGCGGUCAAUAUUUCGCCGUAAUUUGUUGGCUCCGGCCAAAAAACCAGGUUGUCAGAGAGAUCUGGACACCUGCAAAUUUUGAACAGCCUCUCAAAAGGUUAGAGGUGUAAAUUAGCUAGCUUAUAACAUGUCCCAAUACCGAGGGGAUGAGUGUGAGUACCCUGCUGAUGACCAUGAAAUGGCUGAUGCUGAUGAGGAUGAUAUAGAUGAUGAAUUUUGUGGCAGAGGUUCCGGUGAAUCAGAAUCUGAUGAUGAAUAUGACAUGCUCACUAGGGUAACAGAUACAUCUUCAGAACAAGCCCGCAAGGGAAAGGAUAUUCAGGGUAUCCCAUGGGAGAGGCUAAAUAUAACUAGGGAGAAGUAUCGGCAAACUAGGUUGGAACAAUACAAAAAUUAUGAGAACAUCCCCCAAUCUGGCAAGGGAAUAGAGAAGGCAUGCAAAGAAACCGAGAAAGGUUACAAAUAUUAUGAUUUUUGGCACAACACAAGAUCUGUGAAGUCUACCAUUCUUCAUUUCCAGCUGAGAAAUUUGGUUUGGGCUACAUCAAAACAUGAUGUGUAUCUCAUGUCAACCUAUUCAUUGCUUCACUGGUCAUCGUUAUCCUGUAAUACAACAGAAGUUCUUGAUGUUUCAGGACAUGUGGCUCCAUGCGAGAAACACCCGGGAAGUUUACUGGAAGGAUUCACUCAAACUCAAGUCAGCACACUGGCAGUCAAAGAUAACCUACUUGUAGCUGGUGGCUUUCAGGGAGAACUUAUUUGUAAGUAUUUGGAUAGGCCUGGAGUUAGCUUCUGUUCCAGGACAACAUAUGACGAGAACGCCAUCACGAAUGCAGUUGAGAUAUAUACCACUUCAAGUGGUUCUAUUCAUUUCAUGGCCUCAAACAAUGACUGUGGAGUUAGGGAUUUUGAUAUGGAAAGGUUUCAACUUUGCAAUCACUUCCGCUUUUCAUGGCCGGUGAAUCAUACGUCACUUAGUCCAGAUGGAAAGCUUAUCGUUGUUGUUGGAGAUCAUCCUGAUGGAAUAUUGGCAGAUUCUCAAACUGGAAAGACAAUCAUACCCCUUUUGGGCCACCUCGACUACUCAUUUGCGUCAGCAUGGCACCCUGAUGGCCGGAUCUUUGCAACUGGGAACCAGGACAAGACCUGUCGGGUAUGGGACAUCAGAAACCUCUCCUCCUCUCUCGCUGUUCUCAAGGGCAACUUGGGUGCGGUGAGGUCUAUUCGGUUCACAACCGAUGGCCGGUUCAUGGCCAUGGCUGAACCUGCUGAUUUCGUUCACAUAUAUGACACAAAGAGCAACUACAGCAAGCAACAAGAGAUCGAUUUUUUUGGAGAGAUUUCAGGCAUGUCCUUCAGCCCAGAUACUGAGGCCUUAUUCAUUGGGGUUUGGGACCGAACUUAUGGGAGUUUGCUUCAAUAUCGACGUAACCGAAACCUCCACUAUCUCGACUGUUUCUGAGGUAUUCAUCCUAUUGUGAACUUCUCUAUAUACAAAAAUAAACUGAGAUGCUGGUUUUUCACCACUCAUGUUUUUUCUUUCUUUUUUCGCUUACCUUUUUUCCUUUUCUUUCUUUUGUCUCCUAAGAUAUGUAAAAAAGGGGGAAUGUACAGAGUAGAAAAGGGUAGGCAUGGGUGAAAAUGGUGGUGGGGGAGAGGGGGGAAGUGAAAGGGGGUUUGUAAUUUGUAUUAGGUGGUGCACAUUUUUUCCACGCAGUUAAUGGCGCCAGUGGUUUUGUAUGUUGCAAACUCUUGAAACUCUUUCUCUCUCUAGUCAAGUCAGGCUAAGUGCUUGUCGCUUGAAUGUGAUGGACUUGCUGAGGUUCAGUGAGGCGCUUAUAAAAUGUUCAAUUUGUUCUGGUUUA